GAAUGCCUCAUCGUUUCUUUCCUGGUUCGACGUUUUGCAAUCUUCUUCUCCAUAGAAUACUGGGUGAUGCUUUUUCAAUAUUUAUAGCAUUCAGUAAAUAAGUUCUAUACUUCAAGAUUGUGACGAAUCUAAGGAGUCAGUGCCAGGAUAUUCUGUAAAGAGUAAAGACUAUCAUUAUUGGCAGUUUAACUCUGUAUUGAAGAGUUUGCUGGUUGCUUGCCAAGUGUUUGAAAGAAUGCGUAGCAGAAACUCCUUUCACAGAAUUCCAAUGUAGGGUCUUUGCGUUUAUAGAUAACGUAUCCAUAUACGUCUUGGAAAAUCACAAAAAGGGAUUCCUUUUCUUGCAAUUCUUUGGAGUUGUAUUUGUAACCGUUGGAGAUAGGGUGUUUGCAGGGAGCCUGACGUCUCUGAUGAAAGAUAUAAUGAUAUCGGAAGUACAUAUUUUUUUCAUAGUUAGCUGGGAAAGUUUAGAAGUUGAACUUACAAAGAUUCCUAUGUUGUUUGGAACAUAGAUUUGUUGUUCGCCCGAUUGGAAUACCACAUCCCUUGCAAUGCGGCAUCUUGCUGACCUAUAGUAUUUAGAUUUCUUAAUAUACCAAUAAAUGGAGAUGUAUCAUAUGUAAGCUCUUCUUACAUACAUAACUGAAUGUAAUGCUGGUAAUACAAGGUGAUGGAGCAAUGAAGAAACACAUUGGUUCUUCUACAUGGAGAACCACUGCAGUGUCAAUCACAGACUUGCAAAAUUUGCUUUGAUGGGUCAUUCUGAUAGAACAUGAAGAGGUUUAUAGGCUCCUUCUGUGGGCAUUUUAGUCAGGUCUUCUUUAAUCAACCUUGCUUGGGCUCUACUCAAAGCCAUUUUUCAUUCCUGUUAUUUGGUAGAAAUUUUUUGGUUCGAAAUCUGUCCUCUGGCUUAUCCGCUUCCAGACCUUUUCCUGAUUAUUCACCAAAGAAGCCUACCAUCAGGGACUCUGAACUUGUCCAUCAAAUCAGCAAUACCAUCAAACAACGUCGCUCUGAGCCCCUUCGCCACAUUCUGAAACCCUAUGAAUCAAAAUUCAGGGGAGACCACCUUAUUUGGGUUCUCAUGAACAUAAAGAAUGAUUACAAACUAGUUUUAGAUUUCUUUGACUGGGCAUGUCUACGCAGGGAGCCAUCUCUAGAAUCCCGUUGCAUUGUUGUUCAAAUUGCUGUUGCUGCAAAUGAUCCAGAGAUGGCACAAAAACUCAUUCGAGAUUUCUGGAGAAAACCUAAUUUAGAGGUUUCCCUUUCAUUUGCUUGUUUUGUUGAGAGAUUGAUAUAUACUUUUAAGGAGUGGGGGUCUAAUCCUUGCGUCUUUGAUAUUUUCUUCCAAGUCCUUGUUGACAUUGGAAUGCUUGAUGAAGCAAGGAAACUUUUCGAUAAGAUGCUGAAUUAUGGUGUGGUUUUAUCUGUUGAUUCGUGUAAUUUAUAUCUUUCGCGUCUCCCAAAGAAUUUGCAUGGGCUUGAGACAGCAUUGCAAGUUUUCAGAGAAUUUCCUGAAGUAGGUGUUUGUUGGAACACCAUAUCUCACAAUAUUGUGAUACACUCACUUUGUCAAUUAGGGAAAGUUAAAGAAGCUCAUAAUUUGCUCCUGCAAAUGGAGUUGAGAGGUUGUAUGCCUGAUGUUGUAAGUUACAGCACAGUAAUCAAUGGAUAUUGUCAUGCUGGGGAGCUUGAAACAGUCCUGAAGCUUACAGAAGAUAUGCAGUGCAAAGGAUUGAAGCCAAACUCAUAUACAUUUAACAGCAAUAUCCUUAUUUUAUGUAAGAAUGGGAAGGUUCCUGAUGCGGAGAUUGUGUUGAGGGAGAUGUUGAGACAGGGAGUACUUCCAGAUAACGUGGUUUAUACAACUCUCGUUGAUGGUUACUGCAAGGUUGGAAACAUUUCAUCUGCAUACAAUCUACUUGAUGAAAUGCAGAAUCAUAAAAUUAUUCCUGACUUUGUAACUUGUACUGCUAUUAUCUGUGGGCUUUGUCAAACUUGGAAGAUAUCUGAAGCAGAUAAACUCUUUCACGAAAUGCUUAGUAGAGGGAUGCAGCAUGACAGAAUUACUUAUACUGCUCUUAUAGAUGGUUAUUGCAAGGCUGGUAAGAUGAAAGAGGCCUUUUCACUUCAUAACCAGAUGGUGCAAAUGGGACUAACCCCAAAUGUCGUCACUUACUCUGCACUUGCUGAUGGUCUCUGUAAACUUGGGGAGGUAGACGCAGCUAAUGAGCUCCUUCAUGAGAUGUGUGCAAAGGGCCUUGAGCUGAACGUUUGUACCUACAACUCACUUAUCAAUGGUUUUUGUAUAGUGGGAAAUAUAGAACAAGCAGUUAAACUAAUGGAAGAUAUGGAUGUGGCAGGAUUCCAUCCCGAUACCAUCACUUACACUACUCUAAUGGAUGCAUAUUGUAAAUCAGGGGAGAUGGUCAAGGCUCACAAACUUCUAAGUGAGAUGCUGAAUAGAGGGCUUCAACCCACAAUUGUUACAUUCAAUGUGCUAAUGAAUGGAUUCUGCCUGUCAGGAAUGCUAGAUGAUGGUGAGAAGCUGCUAAAAUGGAUGUUAGAGAAGGGUAUAAUGCCAAAUGCUACCACCUACAAUUCUCUAAUGAAGCAGUAUUGCAUUAGAAAUGAUAUGCGUGCUACAACUGAAAUAUACAAGAGGAUGCAUGCUCAAGGGGUGAUGCCUGAUAGCAACACCUACAACAUUCUAGUAAAGGGGCACUCUAAAGCAAGGAAUAUGAAGGAAGCAUGGUUUUUGCAUAGAGAAAUGGUUGAGAAAGGAUUUAAACUUUCAGUUACUUCUUAUAAUGCACUAAUCAAAGGUUUUCUUAAGAGGAAGAAAUAUUUGGAGGCUAGGAAAGUGUUUGAAGAGAUGAGGAGAGAAGGAUUAGUUGCAGAUAGAGAAUUAUACAUUACUUUUGUUGAUGUGAUAUAUAGUGAAGGAAAUAUAGAUAUCACUCUUGAGCUCUGCGAUGAAGCAAUAGAAAAAUGUCUUGUGGAUGACAGCAACAAAGAGAACACAUAGCUUGAGUUGUCUUUGCUAGUUUGAUGGCAUUAUUACAACAAACAACAUACCAAGCCUUUAUCCCGCUAUGUAGGUUUCAUGGGAUUAUUGUGAGAAAAAAUUUAGUUGUUCUCUGCUGGUGCAAUUUUUUGGCCUACUGACCUCAGUAAUCCACCACCAAGGUGUACCUCUGAACAUCAUGCUAUGAGAUUGAUACGAGAAGUCAAGAACAUAUAGAGAAAACUGGUAAUGAAUGAAGGAAAGAGCAUUUCUUGAGACUGAAAUGAAAGUCAGCUCGGCUUUGGGAAUCACAUCAUUGUCUGCUCAAAAUUUCCUGGGGUGCUGUGGUGUGAUUCCAGAUGGGCUUGUCAUUGGGAGAGCGAGCUUGUGCUUUCCAGAUUCUAUCCACAAGAGAAGUUGCAACAGCAUCUUACAAAGAAAUACGACUCAAAAAGGUAAGCACAUCUCGGGACUAAUAACUUACCAUGGAAAAGGCUGGCUUCGUCAAAUAAAGCAGAAAUAGAAAUAAACCAGUACAAAUUGGCAUCAGCUGCAGUGUUGAUCAUUAUAGGUUGUUGGUAGACUUCUGAAGUCGGCUACCCUGAAUUUUUCUUGAUUUUGUUAAAGUGGUUUGAUCAAUUUGGGUUCCCUCUUUAUAUAUUUGCUUAAUAGGGAUGAAGGCUUGGUUUAGCAUCCAACGGUAGCAAACCUUUUUAUGGACCUUACUUCGUAGGCUUUAAUCAAUAGUAUCUUAAAGUGAAAUGAAACAAGACUGGGAAUAUGAUAUGCAUAUAUACAGCCGAAGAUCAGCAGGCAUGUAUCUGAACCUUAUAUAGAACAAAAGUAUUCCUUGUUUUCAUAUUCAUGCUUACAACAUAGUGCCUGCCAAGAGCAUCAAUGAUAAAAGGAAGAACACCAACUUUUUGCGUGGCUUAACUGGGUUGUUACCAUAUGAAGAAGGGGUAGAACUGGGGCUGUCAGUUGUUGUCACGGUUUCCUUGGAGCACGUAUAAUUGCAGCGGCUUGGCCGAACUAUUCUGUAUACACCGCUACUAGCCAGAAUGAAAACAUCCUUCCUGUUAUCCUGUCCGAAUGAGAAUAUGUACUCUAAAGCUGGUUGACGGCUUCCGGGCACAAAGUGGCACGCAAUGGGAGAGUCAGAAGCACAACUAAAUGGAACACUACUAGCAGUCAUAUUCCCACUGUUUCUGGGGGUUUCUGCAGCCGCCCAUAUAGCUCCACCGUACAAGUCUCCAUACAGGGAUCGGUCUUGGAAUUAUAGAAAUACCCGCCUGAUAUUGCUGCAGAUCCUAAGCUAUUCACAGCAGAGUGGUUAUAUCCUAGGACGGGGAAGAUUAGUGUCUCAGAAUCAGCAGAAGUGUUUGAGGGAAAAUGCUGAUUGUUGAAUGGAAGAGGUCCUUCAUAGAUGCUCCAGCCAUAAUUCCCGCCUUUGGUUAUGAUAUCAACCUCUUCAUAUCUAUCCUGUAAGUGUUUAUUAAAAGAACUAUGUAGUCAAAACUUCAGGAUAUAUGUUCUAGUGAAAAAUUAUCAAGAGCCUCUGAAACAGAGAAUAUAGGUCAUCCGAGAACCUGUCCAACAUCUGCACAAAGAAAGUAGGAAGGCCUUUCUGAAUCAAAGCUACAGCGCCAAGGAUUUCUUAGUCCAAGGGCCCAAAUCUCGGGCUUCAACUCCUUGUCUUCAUGAUAAGGAUUAUCUCGAGGAAUGGAAUAGUUACCCCAAAGACCAAGGUUACUUAUUUCUUCUGCACCUGAAGUCCCGUGUAAAAGAUGAAGAGAAAUGGUCUUCUCUAGAAGAAAUUACAGCAAUGCAGAAGAAAUAAACAAGCAACGAAGAACAGAUGGUUUGUGUAAUGAACAAGCUACUUACUUGGUUCUGAUGCAGUUCCACUGGCAGUAUAUUCUGCAAUAACACUGUGAUACUGGCAUGGUUGAGCUCCCUUUGAAGAAUUCAGCUUGGAAGGAUCACAGUUCACAUCUGAGUUACAAGAACACCUUCCAGAACAUGUGGGGGACUUAACCUUGUCACAGUUGAAUGAAGUAAAGAAACGCCCAUUCUGGGCAAAGUUUGGAUGGAAAGCCAUUCCCAUCACCCCGAAGGUGGUAUCAAGAUGAACUUGAUCGGUUAAAUCAACAAAAGGGCUAGAUUCAUCGAGAUCCAAAGUUCCUCCUGAACCCUGCUCUGGGAUGGUGGCCAACCAUAUUUUACCAGCUUGGCUGGAGAAGAAGGCUCGGUUUGACCCAUCGGGAUGAGCAACCAUGUUAAGAUAUUGUCCCUCACCAAUUUUCUCAAGGCACAGGCCCUUUGGGGGAACUGAGGUUUCAGUAUCAUUAAGUGACACUGGUUUGCCGUUAAAACACAAGGAAUCAUUGCCAGAGGCACCACCAAAUGCUUCGCAAAAUUCACUCUUUGAUUGCCAAAGUUCUGUAAGCUUGGUGGAGGUUGAAUUUUGCAGCACCCCAGUUCUACUUUGUAAUGAAGUAGCAAAAGGAGAAUUCAGUAUGGCUGUAUUUUGACAAGCAUCCCAGACUUGUGAGCAGAAGCUACUUUCUGUGUGACUUGACGAGGGUGAGUUGGCUGAUUCAUUAGAUUUGCAAAGAACUGGAACUGGUCCCGGCCCUGUGUCUACUCUGAAUAGCUCUUCUGCGAACUGAUCACAUGUCUGAAAAUUGAUGAAAGUCAGAACUGAUUUUAGGCAAUUUCCACCCUUACUCUGACAUUAGAGAUGCUAGGAUAUUCAAAGUUGAACGUUUGCCUGGAACAUGUGAUGUUGUUGGUGUUGAAUCACUCUUAUAAUUUAACAUUCAGGAGCUUUCAAGAAAUCUAAUGGAAGUCUAGUUUGGCUUCACGUUUGUGCAUUUCACUGGGGCUUUUAGUGGUACUUUUAAAAGCAUAGUUCAGAGAAAUCAGUAUGAGGAUGAUAUAGUUCAUCGCCUUUCUCUAAGGUACAACAAGCUUAUGAUAAUUCCAUCUUUCCAUUCAAGUUUUCUGAACCCACAGGGCUGAAACACCAGAUUUGUGCUUACAUUUACGUUGAGAUGGUGUGCAGAUAAGUGCCAUGCCAAAAGCAAAGCUGCAGGCAUGUGGAAAACACUAGUCUGAUGGGAUUGUGGAAAAACACUACAUGAAUCAGAAAAUUCCAACACCUGUACUACUCAACAAGCUCAAGAAACUCUUUCUGGCAUUGAUAAGAGAGAACACCCAAUCACGUAUUAAGCUUUUUGGAAUGAUUUCCUCAACAUUUCUAGUAUUUUCUUUUUAAUUAUAGUCUUAUCAUAAGCUUGGAUAAAGAAGAUUUGUGUUAGGUAGUUAACAGUUACCGUGGUUGGAGGUUUAAAAUUUAUGUAUACCUUACUUGUAAGAUUAAAGGUUGUAAUUUUGUUAUUAUAACAUUAUGAAUUCACCCAAAAGCGAUGGGAUUGGAUCUUGGGCAUACAUAUUAGCAUAAAACACAGGUUUAGAGACCAAAUCUUUGUGUAUAGUAUUUUUCCAGUCAGUAGAGGAUGAGAAAACAUGCUAGAAAGCAACAUCUGUCAACAUUCAAUUCGCCAAGGAAAACCCAAAUAAGAACUCACUGCGCAGAGGAUAGAUUUGAUCACAGAAGCACAGCCAGAAUCAGACACAUUCAUUGCUUGGAAUUGCUUUUUCAGCUCCAAAUCUUUGGCCGAGUCACAGCACACUCUCCCACUGUACGGACAGAAGCUCAGAGCAGCCUUCUGGAUCUCCGGCGCCCCUGUUCCACUCAAAACAACACAAAUUUCAUCACCUGUACCAAAUAUUUUACCACAAAGAGAGGGGUUCUAACCUCCCCGCCAAGUCGACAAAUUUUAUUUGUCUACGCGAUACACGUAGAAUUUACUAUAUGCUCGAUGAGUUUGUCGAGGGCACACCCAAAAA